AACAGGAAGUAGGACCAAAACAAAGGAGCGGCAACCCCGGCGGACCUCCUAUCUGCCUUUCUGCAGCGCACGUCUCCGCCCUGGCCGCCCACCCCGAGGAGCCAUCCGACUAUGUCCAAUAUGGAGAAACACCUGUUCAACCUAAAGUUUGCGGCCAAAGAACUGAGCAGAAGUGCCAAAAAAUGCGACAAGGAGGAAAAGGCCGAAAAGGCCAAAAUUAAAAAGGCCAUUCAGAAGGGCAACAUGGAAGUUGCGAGGAUACAUGCGGAAAAUGCCAUCCGCCAGAAAAACCAGGCGGUGAAUUUCUUGAGAAUGAGUGCCCGGGUCGAUGCGGUCGCUGCCAGAGUCCAAACGGCGGUGACGAUGGGCAAAGUGACCAAGUCAAUGGCCGGAGUGGUUAAGUCGAUGGAUGCGACUUUGAAAACCAUGAAUCUGGAGAAGAUCUCUGCCUUAAUGGACAAAUUCGAGCACCAGUUUGAGACGCUGGACGUCCAGUCGCAGCAAAUGGAAGACACAAUGAGCAGCACCACGACGCUUACCACUCCCCAAAACCAAGUGGAUAUGCUGCUCCAGGAAAUGGCAGACGAGGCCGGCCUAGACCUCAACAUGGAGCUGCCGCAGGGGCAGACCGGCUCCGUGGGCACAAGCGUGGCAUCGGCGGAGCAGGAUGAGCUAUCCCAGAGACUGGCCCGCCUGCGAGACCAAGUGUGAUGACAGAAUCCACUCUGAGGUUCCCUGCCUGUAGCCACCUUGUGAAAUGCUCUGUGUAUAUUAGGGAGAUUAUACACUAAAAACUUUGAAUAUGCCAGAAUGCUGAAAUGCUCUUAAGAUGCUUCAACCUUUGGGUUUACAGUGCUCUUAGAUACAUUAAGAAAUUCCAGGCUUUCUCCACCCUUAACUGGAUUUUAAAAUUCUGUAUAGCUUGUGAUGAUGUGUAUUUUUAUAGCUGCCUUUUAACAAGACUAGUUAAUUUGGUGUAUAUGACUCUCAAAAAUUUGAUCAAAUCUCUAGGUCCCGUAUGUUCAGUUUUCUGCCCGCAUUAUCAAAAUUGAAGGGUGUCUUUAAUUUAGUGUAAUUGAAAAUAUAUAAAAUUGGCAUGUGAUGGGUAAAAAUUAAAGAAGGAAAUGAUUGCUUUGAUUACAGGGCUAUCAAUACCUCAUUCAACUUACAUAAUGUACAGUGCUAUUUCUGUGUAUACGUGUUUUCUGCCAUCAAAAUGGGACUACAGUUGACUAUUAAUCUGUUUUCAUAACUUGUAUUAAAAAUAUCUUAGGACUUUCUUACAUAAUACCCUCUUACUGUUUACGUUCAAUAAUUUUUGUGUGUGUGGUAAUUUUAUAACAAAAAAAAUAUGCCACAUCCAUUUGAAAGAAAAAGUUCAUUUAUGUUUUUUAUUUGCUAAAGUUUUUUUAAGAUUUACAAGGUUUAACAUAUGGUAUUUCUUUCAAAUGAAUUUCUCUAACAUUUCUGGUCAUUUUCCUAUUUCAUCACUUUAAUUAGACUUCUUAUAAAAUAUGUUGAUUGGCAUGGCCAUCACAUUACUCACUCUAACAUUGCCAAAGAACUGUUGAUUGGUUUGAGAAAACUCUGGGACUGUGUGUUUGUAGGUUUUCUUUUGAAUUUAACAACCAAAAAUAGAAAUAAAAUUAGAACAGCAUUUAACAUUCUAGUUAUUUGCAUUUAUUAUGUUCUUAAAACAACUCAUUAAAAACCUUGGAGAUAUAAGUUGGAAUGUUUUACUUAGCCAUGCAGGCAGCUGGAAGUCAGGGAAGAAGGAAAGAUGCAGGGCUAGGGAGCAUGUUUGACCCUAGGAGCCUAGCUGUGCUGCCUUCCACCCUUCAGGAAUGGCAGAGUGUAUUUAUGACUGAAAAGUAAAGCCUGUAGCCAAAGCUUCCUCGUAGCCUCAAAACACGAAAAACAGCUGUUUGCUUUUGUGUUGGCAGGUAUGUUAAUCUAAGUUAAUUACUUGUGAGUAUUUUAAAUUCCCCUUUUCCUUGCUGGAGGAUUUCUCCAUAAGAGAAUUCCAGUGUUCCAGCAAGUAAUUAUAUGGACUCUUCCAGGCCCUUUGAAAGAUUCACCAUUAUAACAUGUUUUUCAGUGUGAAUGAGUAUGUUAGGGUGUGGAAACGUGCAGAUGAGAACUCACCCUCAUAUUUAAGUAUCUAUCUCACUGGUGGUUGUUCUAAAGUCUUGUGUAAGGGACACUUAUCCAUUGUCUGCCCCACAUCUUUCUAGAACUUCCUCCUUUUGGUGCCUCUCAUCCACGUGACUGCACAGAAGCUGCUGUGUGAGUACAGCAAGACUGGAAAAAAUAAUUGAAACUUUGAAAAUAGCUUAGUGUUGAAUCCUUUCAUAAAUUGAACACCCUUUUAUAAUACAAAUACACCCAACAAUAUUAAUAUAUUUUGUGAGAUUAAAUAAUGCUUGAAUAAGCUUGAACUUUCUUAAAAUAUGUUCAUUUCAAACUAUAUAAAUGUACGUUUUUAGGAACCAUAUUAUUUCAAAAGCAUAUUAGACCCAUGAAAUAUUUCAUUUUUACAGUUGAUGAAAUGCUGAAAUGUAAA